GUUCGUUUGGAAUCAGAAGAACCACGAAGCCUUUCUCACGAAUUCCUGUAGACUUAACAUUAGAGCAGACGAUCAAUGGUGAUGCUGCUCGUCGUCUUACUGGAAUAGUUAAUCUUACAAAUUUAAUUGCUGCUAGACAACGUUGGGCCAAGAAUCAUGGGGCUCGAACAAGAAUCAUAUCUCAUGUACUUGCUCGUGCAAGACUUGACAAAAACUACCAUGAUGUUGCUGCGGAUCUACACCCAUACAGAAUGAAAAAACAACACAUUCAAUGAAAAUCUUUUUCGAACAGUGUUCUGCAGAGCAUUAAUCCAUUCUCUCCUUCAAUCGACAAGGAUCAGUUGUCAACAGGGUAAGCUGCCCCUUUAGAAAUUACGAACUGUUUACUGAAGACAGUGUCUGGUGGUACAUUUCUACGAGAUCAAUUUAUAAUGGAAUGUAAUUUAAAUUUUGACAGGUUUCACCAGCCAAUAAAAAAAAUACUGUGCAGACUUUUGCAAGCUUAAAGAAGAAGAAAAAAAUGACAAUUGGUGGAAAAGUACACGAAGUAAAAUUACAACGAGAUUUAUUUGGUCGAUUGUUAGCUCUAUCUCUUGACACGAGUAUAGACUUGGAGAAAUUUCUUUGUUUUCCCAUAACUCCUAUGCCGUUAUCACUGUGCCAUAUAGAUGUCUCGAUAAAUAAGACUAAUAAGUCGGUACUCGUUCAUGAGCUAGAAAAACUAGUCGAAGAUAUAGAGCAACCGCCAUCCCAAAUUGAUCUUGCAAUUGUUGAUGGCUUCUUUUUUUUGAAUACCUUCAAAGAAAUGCCUCGUACUUUUGGAGGUGUGCCAAAGAGAAUAUUGCAGUGCCUAAUUAAUAACACAGCAAGUAGAAUUGCCAUUGUAUUUGACCGCUACUUCACACCCUCAAUCAAAGAUUACGAGCAUUCUAUUAGAGGCAACGUAGACGACAAGGAAUUUCAUAUCACCGGCCCUCAACAAAUGAGAACAGCAGAUUUUACAAAAGAUUUAAAAAAUCUAAAUUUUAAGCAAGCUAUUGUUAAGUUUUUCAUCGAUCAUUGGGCUGAUCAGGAGAUGGCAGCGAUUAUCGGUAGUAAGGUUAUUUACAUAAUACAUGAUUUGUGUUAUGAAUAUUCUGUUAUCGAUAAUAAAGUAACGCGCAUCAUUAAUUAUGAGUUGUCUUGCCCUGACCACGAAGAAGCGGAUACAAAGAUAGCAUUUCUUGCUUGCCAACAAAAAGAAAAUUCUACUGUUACUAUCAGAACAUCGGAUACUGAUAUUUUGGUGAUCAUGUUGGCAAAUAUGGAACACCUGCAAGCAACAUCUUUUACUUGCCACCUGUACGGGUUAAAGAAGUUAAGCGACGUAAAUCAAGCCAGAAUGGUUAUCUUCAAUAAGACGUACAAGGUAAAAGACAAGUCUCAACCCUUCUCCUUGAUCCGAAAUUACGAUGCGUGCAACUUGCCACCGUGUCAAUCGGAGUUAUUCCAACAAGUGUUACGCACAAGAUACAUCGCAUGCUUGUGGAUAAAGCAAAAAUUAUUGAUCUUUUACUAUGGGUGGAGAGUUGUCAACGAAAAAUACCAAAUGAUCUGGUUUGCGGGUGAUCAAUUGCCAAAAGCGUAUGAAGAUGUAGUCGUAACACCAGAUAUUUUUGAGGAUACUCCAGAAUUAGAUACAGAAUCUGAGGAUGAAAUUGAGCCAGAAGAGGAAGAUGAUUCUACCGACGAAGAUGAUGAUUGA